ACCCAUUAAGUUUUUUAAAUGCUUAUGCUAAUUUCCAUACAACUAAGCUAAUUCUCACACAGAUAGAAAUGUCAUAUUAUGAACAUGUAUUGCAGAGACUUGUAUUUCAGGAGUCCUGUCAUUUCCCAGUCACAUUUAAAAAUAUAUAAAUACUCUUUGAUUAUCUGAUUUUUUUAAACAUAUUAUUUUAAAAAGUCAAUUCCAAUUAGAAUGUCAUUAUAUUUUACGAUUUGGUAUCAAUUUUGCCAUACACUAUAAAUUCUUAAAUGGCAAACGAAGCUGAAGAGACUAUACGCAAGCUUUCCAUGCACAAAGGAGUAGUAGGAGUUGUAGUGGUGAAUGGCGAAGGAAUACCCAUUAAAUCGACUUUGGAUAACCACGUUUCUGUGCAAUACGCCGGUCUGCUUAGCUCUUUGGUGGACAAAGCGAAGUCUGUCGUCCGUGAUCUAGAUCCUACAAACGACCUCACAUUUCUACGUAUUCGAAGUAAGAAAAGCGAAGUUAUGGUUGCUCCAGACAAAGACUUUGUUCUGAUAGUCGUUCAAACCCCAGUUGAAUGACGAAGGCUUUCGCCCUUAAGGCAUUUUAGAUUUAACUUAUAUUUCAAUACAUUAUUAGGAACUUUAAUUCUUCAAAAAUAAAACAUUUCAAGAAUUUCAA